AUGGCGAACUCUUAUCGUCGGUUUCUCCCGGACUGUGCCGAUACCAUCCUACCUCUGACCAGUCUCCUCUCAGGUUAUCAGCGCACCUUUGAACUUACGCCAGCAGCACUCACGUCAUUUGAGCAGGUAAAAGCCCUUCUAGCUGAUGCGACCCUCCUGACUCACUUUCAUGCUGAUGCACCCAUAUCUCUGAUGAUCGAUGCCUCCACUGUUGCUGUUGGCGCGGUUCUUCAACAAAGUCUGCCAGAUUCUACCGUGCCUUUGGCUUUCUUAUCCAGAAAACUAUCCAAGGCCGAAACCCGCUACAACAUAUGCGGACGUGAACUUCUCGUCGUUUAUCUUGCCGUAAGGCACUUCCGGCACUUACUCAAGGGUCGAGAGUUCACAAUUUUCACAGAGCAUAAGCCACUUACCUUUGCUUUGAAUUCCUACUCUGGCAAACCAAAUCCCCGGGAGAUCCGCCACCUGGACUAUAUUUCGCAGUUUACUUCAGACAUCCGCCAUAUUGACGGGUCAUGGAAUGAGGUGGCUGAGGCACUGUCCAGGCCCUCUAUUGCUCACUUCCAGCUUUCACCCGGGAUCGAUCUCACUGAGAUGGCCGUUGAACGACUCUGUGUCGGUUUACCCUGUGAUGAGGAUGUUUCCGGACUCCAGCUUCAGGAACUACCACUGACAACGGGCAACAGCACCAUUUUAUGCGACGUAUCCACCCCUUCCCAUCGUCCAUUUGUGCCACCAUCCCCCGCCGCAAAGUUUUCUCCUCCCUGCACAAUCCCUCUCACUCUGGGAGUCGAGUAA